UUUGGAAUUUCCCAUUUUAACUUAAGAAUAUUACAUUGUAUAGGUAUCAAACAUUUGAAAUGGAAGGGGAGUUGAAAUCUAAAAUUGAUCAAGCUUGUCGUGCAGCAGAAGAAUUCAUCAAACUAUAUUAUGAAAGUUUGGAUAAACGGAGAUAUCUUAUGUCAAAGCUAUACAUGGAUACAGCUAUUUUAGUAUGGAAUGGCAACGGAGUCGAAGGGAAAGAUCAAAUACAAAAUUUUUGGACUGAACUACCCAUCUCGGAACAUUCUGUGAUAACAUUAGAUGCUCAACCUAUAACAGGACCUACGGUGGCGAGUCAAUUGACAUUUUUAGUUAAAGUUAGUGGACAAGUAAAGUAUCAAGACAAGGACUUGAAAGUCAAGACUUACAGUGAUACAGUUAAAACGUACAAACCUUCACAAACAUUCAAUCAAAAUUUUCUGAUAACAGUUAUUGGCGAUAAAGGAAAGAUAGUAAGUGAUUGUUUUAGAACUCAAGAAGCAUUAGAAAGCUGAAACGUCUUAAGCAAAAUCAAUGUAUGCAUGUAACUUAUACAUUUUAUUACAUAAAAAUUCAUAACCUUACAUUGUCCUACAUGGAUUACUGAAAAUAAAAAAAGGAAUAUAUAUGUAUCAGUGGAGUAUGACAACCAUGGAAAAGACAAAAAAAGAUUAAACCAGCAAUUUUAUUAUAAACUAGGUGGUAAUAUAUAAAACAGCGUUAAAAUUUUGCAUAAGUAAAUCAGUUACCAUAUGAUGAUAUACAUUACUAGUGCCGAAAUUUUAUAUUGAUACAAGAUUAAAAAAUCAAUGCACACAAAAAAAAUAACGUUUUAUUAACAACUACGAACUAUACUGAAAAUCCUUGAACAUUUGUAGAUUUCGCUUUUGUUAAGAAUACAUUUCAAUAUAUUCGAUAUUUUGCAUAAUGAGGUUCAUUGUGUUUCAUUUACAUAUAUACUACGUACUUCGUGAAACAUAAUUGUAAUUAAAAUUAAAAUUCCAAAGUAGUAAUUCAUGCUUAACUAUCACAGAUACCAACGUAAAAUCUACUUAAAAUCAUUGAAACUUUGCUACAUAACAUAUGCUAAUAUCUUAUUUAUAAG